AUCUCCGGAAAACUUUCGAGCAGGAGCCCUUGGGGAAAGAAGUGUCCCUGGAGCAAGAGGUCCUACUCCAGUGCCGUCCCCCUGAAGGCAUCCCAGUAGCUGAGGUGGAGUGGCUGAAGAACGAAGAGGUAAUUGAUCCUGUGGAAGACCGAAAUUUUUACAUCACCAUCGAUCACAACCUGAUCAUCAAGCAAGCUCGGCUGUCUGACACAGCCAAUUACACUUGUGUUGCCAAAAACAUUGUGGCUAAAAGGAAAAGCACCACAGCAACUGUCAUUGUCUAUGUGAAUGGAGGCUGGUCCACCUGGACUGAGUGGUCAGUGUGUAACAGCCGAUGCGGGAGAGGCUUUCAGAAGCGUACGAGGACUUGCACCAAUCCUGCCCCACUCAACGGUGGUGCCUUCUGCGAGGGCCAGAGUGUCCAGAAAAUUGCUUGCACCACUCUGUGUCCAGUGGAUGGCAAGUGGACAUCCUGGAGCAAGUGGUCCACCUGCGGCACAGAGUGCACACACUGGCGCCGGAGGGAGUGCACGGCCCCAGCGCCGAAAAACGGAGGAAAGGACUGCGAGGGGCUGGUGCUGCAGUCCAAGAACUGCACCGACGGGCUCUGCAUGCAGGCUGCUCCUGACUCAGAUGACGUUGCUCUCUAUGUCGGGAUCGUCAUAGCCGUGAUUGUGUGCCUCGCUAUUUCUGUGGUCGUGGCCCUGUUUGUCUAUCGCAAGAACCACCGUGACUUUGAGUCAGAUAUUAUCGACUCCUCAGCGCUAAAUGGAGGAUUUCAGCCUGUUAACAUCAAGGCUGCACGGCAAGACCUCCUUGCAGUGCCACCAGACCUCACUUCUGCUGCAGCCAUGUACAGGGGUCCUGUUUAUGCCUUGCAUGAUGUCUCUGAUAAAAUCCCAAUGACCAAUUCUCCGAUCCUGGACCCUCUGCCCAACCUGAAGAUCAAGGUUUAUAACACCUCGGGCGCAGUUACUCCCCAGGAUGACCUCUCUGACUUCUCCUCCAAGCUGUCCCCGCAGAUUACACAGUCCCUGCUGGAGAAUGAGACCCUGAACAUGAAGAACCAGAGCCUUGCUCGACAAACAGACCCAUCGUGCACUGCAUUUGGGACCUUCAACUCUUUAGGAGGUCACCUAGUAAUUCCCAAUUCAGGAGUAAGUUUGCUGAUCCCAGCGGGGGCCGUUCCACAAGGGAGAGUCUAUGAAAUGUAUGUGACAGUUCAUAGGAAGGAGAACAUGAGGUAA